GCUAGGGUCCCAUCCAACUGAAUAGAAAAUCGCACCUCUGAUCGCAAGCUCAUUAGGUUCGUAGUUCGUAUCUAGGCCAAUAGAAACUGGCACUGAGCUUCACAUUAUUUGAGGCUGGAGCCAUGAAGUUCAAAGUCAAUGCCAAAUUACUCCCUGUGAAGGCAUGCUACUUCUUCUUUUUUGGAGCGCUCAGACAGUCAGCUGUCGCCUCAGCUGCGACGACGCGACGCUCAUGAAGGCGCUCGACGCCAAAGCGGUCGACACGGGCGCCUACUAUCGCACCAGCCAGUUCUGGUUGAUGGUCUUGUUCCUGGUGCUGGCAUGGGUGGGCACCUCGCUGAGCGUGCCGCUGGCGGACUCCAUCGCCUUCAAGCUGCUCGACGAUCCGGCUCGGUACGGCUACCAGCGCGUCUGGGGAUCGAUCGGCUGGGGUGCCUUCAGCUUCCUGUCUGGCUACCUGGUGGACGUGGCCAGCGCGGGCCGCCACGCCAAGGACUACUCCCACGCCUUCUACCUGCUCGUCGGACUCAUGGUGCUGAACAUCAUAGUGUGCACGCGGCUGCGGUGUCGUCUCUGA